GGUCCAUAUAUCAUAUUUGUUUUCUUUAAAAAGUGACCUUCGUCAUGUAUUUAACAUAACUAAAUAGUAUAUUAGUCAAUUGUUUUACUGAUCUUGAGUUCAGAAUAUUUCACUUCACUGAUUGAUGAUUUGUUUAAUCCAUUUGCACAUUCGACAAUGAAGAAGCAGAUAUUAAAAUCUGUGGGGCAGACUUACAGACUUUUGAGUUGUAACGUGAUGAAAAACAAGCAGUCCCAGAAAUAGCAUUGAGGGAUAACAGUGAGAACUGUCCCACAGUCUAACGAGGUCAUUCAGCAAUUACAAAUUCCCUCAAAUACACGUAUAACCGUAAUUCAGACAGCAUGUUGCACACUCUUCAGUUUGCAUUGGGCAUCACUCUCCUGGCCUCGCCCGCCAUGUCGUACCACACCAUAGAGACCUUCAUCGGCGACUUCUUACAGUUCCAGAAGCAAGCAGCGCCGCCUGCCGCUGUCGGUGCGUUUCUGUGCUGGAGACAAGGGUACAGCCGGCAGCUUAUGAUGAACUUCUCAAGUCGGUUCGUAUUACUCUCAAUGCUUCCUACAAACCGACACACACUGGCCCGGCUCCAGGCCACAGAGAUCGAUGGCUAUGUAACAUUCGUCUUGGAUAUGGGUUGCCAGGAUGCGCCGGCUUUACUUCAAGAGGCCAGUAAACUGCAGAUGCUUCGCAAACAGUACCGGUGGCUUCUCCUAGGUUCUCAUUAUCCAACCUUCAGUCACGGAGAGAAUUUUACAUCUCCACAGCCACCGAUAUCCAUGACAGGAUCCAGAAAUAGGAGUGAAAAUAUAGGUCUAGCGUCCGCUGUACCAGCAGACGGUAACAAUGCCACACAGACAGAUGUAACGGAUGUCAUUCUCGGGCGUUUGAAUAUUCUGCUAGACAGCGACAUCACAAUCGGGAGGCGCGUCUCAGAGAGCACCUUCCUGUUGCUGGAGGUGUACAGACGUGGGCCAUCGGAAGCUCUCGUGAAGAAGGAAAUUGGCGCCUGGUGCAAGGGGCGCGGUGUGCGACUGACAGCGUCCCCAGUCAUAUCUGUACGAAGAAUUAAUCUGCACAAGACACUGCUCAAGGCUGUCAUGGUGGUGACUCACAAUGGCACUAUGGACCACCUAGAUGACAACGUGGAUAAGCACAUCGACACCUACACCAAGACAAACUACGCCCAAUUCAGAUACAUAACUGAAAUCCUAAAUGUCAGCGUGGACAUGACAAUAACGGACACAUGGGGUUACUCCAUCAACGGGUCCUGGACGGGCCUCACAGGUUUCCUGCAGCGCGGAGAAGCAGAUAUUGGGUCAACAGGAAUGUUCAUACUUAAACAGCGUCUGUCUGUUGUGAACUUCAUUGCCGCAACUACUCGGACCAGGAGCGCCUUUCUGUUCCGCCCUCCGCCCCUAUCGUUCGUCACGAACAUCUUCACCCUGCCCUUCAGCCGCGCCGUGUGGCUGGUCAGUGCAGCCCUUAUCGCCCUGAUCUCACUCCUACUGUACAGCGCCUUUAGGAGGGAGUUCCGCGGAACAGCAGAUGAACAAGAGACUGCGAAUUGGAGUGACGUUCUUCUGCUUUCCCUGGGAGCUGUUUGCCAGCAAGGUUCAACACUGGAGGCGCGAGGCGUCGCAGGACGUACCAUUUCCAUCAUGCUGUAUGUUGCCGUGAUAUUCCUCUAUACAUCCUACUCUGCCUGCAUUGUUGCUCUGCUCCAGUCCACUACAAACUCUAUUCGGACUCUUGAAGACCUAUACCACAGCGGAAUCGCCCUGGGGGCGGUCGACAUCGUCUACAGCCGUCAUUUCUUUUCGACAGCCUCCGACCCCCUGAGACGUGCUAUAUACACUCAGAAGGUGAGUCCCCCAGGAAGACACAGCAAUUUCAUGAGCCUGCAACAGGGUCUGGAGAGAGUCAGGAAAGGGCUCUUCGCUUUCCACCAUGAACUGGGGCCAGGUUACAAGAUAAUUUCUGACACUUUCUUGGAGGAAGAGAAGUGUGGCCUGCAGACAAUCACCUGCUUCGUGAAUUUCGUUGAUCCCUGGAUAUCGGUCAGCAAGCACACUCCCUACAGAGAGGUGCUGUCCCUCGCCUACCGCACCAUUCACGAGCGAGGGCUGCAGAUGCGGGAGAACUUGCGUUACUACCAAAAGAAGCCGGAGUGUAGCGGACUGGGUUCCAGCUUCGUCAGUGUGGGCAUAGUGGACUGCUACCCCGCGCUAUUGGUACUACUGUACGGCUUGCUGAUCUCAAUAGUCAUGCUACUGCUCGAGGUUCAGGCGCACAAAAGGUUUCGGCAUAAUUCUAGACCACAAACCGAAAAUUCAAGGCAAGAAGAGAGAUUUAAAAAAACAUACAAAAUGUUACUUCUGAAUGACAUUUAAGUUGGUCCUUCAUGGCAUAAUGAGAUUCCAGAUGGAGGCUUCAUAUUGCAGCUUCUCUCUGUAACGUGUGUUGCAAGUGACACUUCAGUGUAACAGGAUGCAGAAAUAUAAUACUUAGUACUGUAAAUUCUUUUGGGAAAUGCAUUUACCCACAGGCAGCUUAUGUGUUUAUACUUUGUUGGGACUUUGCAGUAAAAGGGA